GAAAGCCCUCAUAGUUUAAUGUUUGCUUAAGGACUUCAGCAUCUACAAGUGCAGACAUGGACCAGAUGAAUUCUGAAAGUGAUGUGAGAAUUGGUCACUCUCUGAGUGAAGCAGAGAGGCAGCAUUUGGCCCAAAGGAGAAAAACUGUUCUACAAUGCCUAAAUCAGCUUGGAAUAUCCUGCAGUGAGGAUAAGAUGCCUAACAUCGCAGUGCUGGGCUCUGGAGGUGGUUUGAGAGCUAUGAUUGGACUGCUGGGGUCACUGUGUGAGCUGAAAAAAGAUGGACUGCUGGACUGCAUCAUGUACCUGUGUGGAGUUUCAGGAUCUACCUGGUGCAUGGCGUCAUUAUAUAAAGAACUGGGCUGGUCCACCAAACUGGAGACUGUGAAAGAAAACAUUGUCAAAAGGCUUGCUGACGGCAGGGUCAGUUGGUUGAAAAGGGGUCUAAAACUGACAAAAUAUUAUUCAGAAAAACACAAUUUCAGCCUGACGGAUGUGUGGGCAGCGCUGAUUGUGUCUCACAUGGUGAAAGAGAUUGAUGAACACAGACUCUCAGAGCACAGGGGCAACUACACCAAGGACCCGUAUCCCAUUUACACUGUCAUUGACAAGCAGUGUAAAUAUGACAAACUGAAUGCAGAUCCUUGGUUUGAGAUCACUCCAGAUGAGUCAGGUUAUUCUCUCACUGGAGCCUUUGUGGAUUCCUCCUUUUUGGGAAGUCAGUUUGAGAAUGGAAAGAAAAUGAUUGAUCAGCCUGAGACUGACAUGCUGUACCUACAAGGUCUAUGUGGCAGUGCCAUCGCAGAUACGGAAGAGAACCUUAAGUACCUCUAUGAGGCACUAAAACACCUAAUUACAGAAGAGAGUCACGAACGACAAACACCAGAUGUGAGCAGUAGUAGCAAGAUGCUCUUAACACUUGUGGAACUGAAUCUUUGUGUGUUAAGAAAGGAGGAUCCUACAGUUUACCUCCAAGCCAUAAAGAAGCUGCUGAAAGAUGGUGAAGCAGAACACAGGACUUUUUCGCUAGCGAAGCGGAUGACAUCAGAAGAGACGAUCUCCAAAACAGAGUUGAAGGAUUUAAACCUGCAAGUAUGCAGUUCUGUCAAAAAAAGUUUUCAGGGGCACAGAUUUGUGGAUUCAUUUUGGCCUGCCAUUGUGAAAGCCAUCGAGAAAGCUACACAUUGGACCUGGGGUACGACUUAUGACUACCUCUACAAAAUGAACGUGGAAGACGUCCAUUCCAGUGUCCUUGACUCAGAGAAGAGAGAAUAUGAAGAUGCUGGACUGUUACUCAACUCACCUUAUUUCUCAGUGCUGAGAAAAGAACGAGACAUUGACCUCAUCAUUUCUCUUGACUACAGUGCAGGAAAUCCCUUUGAGACGGUGCUUCGUGCUGCUAAAACAUGCAAAGAACUUCACAUUCCUUUCCCUGAAGUUGUUGUACCAGCUGAAGAUAGAGAACCACAGGACUUCUAUGUGUUUAGAGGAUAUGGCAAAGCUCCAACUGUGAUCCACAUGCCUCUUUUCAAUGCUGUCAACUGCAAAGGAGAAGUUCAGAAGUGGAAUAACACAUAUUCCACUUUUCAAAUGAGCUACCAUCGUGAAAUGAUCACAGCUCUUAUGAAGAAAGCAGCUGAAAACAUCAAAAACAACAAACACAAACUGCUCAAGGAGAUUCAAAAUGUCAUAGAUGGGAAGAAAUCUUCCAAGCUUGGAUAAAUCCAACUGAUGUGUGAAGAAAAAUCACACUUCAAAAAAUCUACAUUCUUCAAAAAUGUUCCAAAUAUCAGUCUUUUUGGACCUGAGUAGUCAGUAGGUUCUUUUCAUGUGUUGGACAAAUAACAUAAUAAUCAUUUUGGGUGUAUCUGGCUUAUAUCUGCUUCAUAAUAUGAGCUUUGGGUGCUUUUGUCUAUCAUUUUGAUUUCACUUUGUUUCACUGGGAUUGGAACUCAGUAAUUUCAUAUCAAGCAAAAAGAGUUUCUUUUUCUUCCUCAUGCUUCUUUUUCUUUCUCAAUAUCUGUGAGUCAUGAUCAUUAAUGAUCCCCUGCUCUAGCCAUACACUUUGUCUCACCCCUGCCCUACCAGUGCACUUCUCCUUCUGUUUCAACCAUUGGCCUUUCAAGUAUUCUGAUGAGAGCUAUGUGUAUAGUGAGGCAGGGGCGAGUUGAGGGGGAAGCAUGAGAUAUGCGCUGGCUCAGCACGAGGUAAGGGGAAGUGUCGGUUCAUCUGACAAC